AAGAAAGCUUGUAUUGUGGGUUUAUAUUGAAAAUUAUGUUAGAUAUAUUAUAAACGCCUAUGACUAUAUAGCAGAGUAACAUUGUAAACAAAAUGGCACAGUGUUCAAUUGCAAUAUCGUCGUUUCCGUUAGAUACAUUUCCGCGGUACCAAUAUACUAUGGAUAGGGUGGAAACCUUGCUAGCUAAAUUCAAACGAUUAGGAUUUGAAACUUCUGGUUUACCUAAGUCAGACGAUAUAUCAAUCUUGGAAUUAAAGAGUAACGGGUCAGCAUCACACUUUCUUAUCAGUGAUUGGAUCGUCGUUGAAAAAGAAAUACUUAUGACUGACAGAACAACUUUUAAACAAUACAGUACAUCAGAAGCAGUUGUUGUCAUCGUUUAUGACAAAGCUCUUAUACCUGAUAAAUGCGUGUAUGGAAUAAUUCUAGAAACGGGUCAGCAAACCAAUUUCGACACUAAAGAAAAUAAUAUAAUUUGUUCAUCGAUAGAGGACUUGAAAACAAACACAGACCGGUUGUUGGAACGUUAUCUUCUGAGCUUUUUGAAGAAAGCUGCCGAAAAUGUGUCGCCUUGCACUAUAGAGGAGGCCGCGGUCAUUGGUGACCAAAAUCCAAACGACGUUAAAAGAACCGUAUCAGUGACUGAUUUUGGAGAAGAACUUGUAUCUAAGAAACGGCUAAGAUGUAGUAAUGGGGAGUUUGAAAGUCGGACACAUGCAUGUGAACGCACUCUGUCAGAUGUGAUGGCAAUAUUCAAAAGAAGUUGUGCCCCACCGGACGAAUGGCCUAAUUUGGAAAAGAAAGAAAUAUUUGUUUUAAAUGAUAAUGUAUCUCAAGAAUUGUCCAGACUCGACCCUUCCCUCAUAGGAGUAGGUUAUGAACAUGACAUAUUGCAAAUGUUUGUCGACAGAAACGAAAAUGUGGAACUUGAUACUGCUCUUGAAAAUAUCUUGGCUAAACACAAAAUUGCAAAACAUCAUAUUAACCACGGACCAUGGAAGUGUGUCCCUUUAUGUGACAUAAGGGUUGGACAACAUAUUAGAGCAACGACACAAAGGAUCGGAACUGUGGGGGGUUUUGCAACGAGAGACGGACAUUUAUAUGCCCUCACGGCGCGUCACGUCGUUGAAGGUGCUGAGUUUCUUUAUAUUGAUCAAUCCCAAGGACAUGUCGAUGAACCUUCACUACAAGACAGUAUCUUGUACAGUAGAUCGUCAGAAGAUCAACCCGCUUUAGGCGAACGUACAACUAUUAUUACUGCAGAUCAAAGGUCAAGUGUUCGAGACGAUAACACGGAGCCUGCAAUCAAUGUCGAUGUCCGUGUUGGAAAUGAAGGUUUACAUACCAGAUUAGCCAAAUUCGCAAUUGUUGAGAGGGGAGUAGGAGAGCUUGACAUUGCUGCUGCUAGAAUUGAGCGACCGGAUCAAAUCAGAAACCCAAUGUUUAUGAGUUCGAGAAAGGCUUUUAAGAAAAGCAUUCUUUUUGACUUUCGUCGAAAAGAUGAACACGAAAUUCGAAAAUUACUGGAUAGUGAACAGGUAUAUGCAUGGGCGUCAUCAAAGGUUCCGCUCAAAGGGCAAAUAUAUAUUCCGAUUUACAAAAAUCCCAUUACAAAACAAAGAUUUGUUGCCAUAAAAAACGAGUUUGAUGUUCCCGGCUCGCAAACUGAUGAUCUUCCCGACCCAAAUGCCUUUGGCAAAGAAGGCGACAGUGGCGCAAUUGUAUGUAGCGAUGAUAUCGACGGUAAAGGGGUUAUUGUUUACAGUAUGUUUACAAACAAAUUGGAAAACGAAAAUGGGCGAACAUUUUACUUGACACUCAUAUUACAAGACGGACUUGACCAACUUGCCAAUAAUAUAGUUCCUGAAACAACGUCACAUUUUGUUUUGUGUUAAAUGUAGCAUUUACUUAUUCAUAAACUUAAUUGUUCAUCAUUUCCAUGUGAAAUAGUUGUCGUUUGUACUAUUACAUGAAUAGUACAAUGGUAUCGAUCAUUUGUGUUGUUACUCUUAUAUAUGUUUUAAAGUGAAUAGUAUGCAAAUUUAAUGUCAUUCCACUAAACGCGCGGAAAAUCAAACGUAGACAACUAUUUUUUGCUUUGGGUUUGUUAAAUUGAUAACCAAAAUUCAUUUAAGAAGUUGAAACAGUAUUUAACAAUGCUAAGCAUUAUAAAUCGAUUUCGGUACAUAAUUUGUACACAACUGAUUUUACAUUUCAUUUUUAAACUACAUAGAUUCAAAUUCAAUGCUUUAAAUGGUAUUCGUUUAU